AUGACCGAGGGUGGCACUGCAGUGGCAGUUUUGGCAAUUGCCGCGACUUCUCUGGUUGCUGUUAAGAUGACAGGAAAUGUUAUUUAUGUUCCUAUAGGAUUGUUGUUGGAAACUUACUUGGAAUGGUACGUGGCUAUACUUCUCAUUCAACGGAUCCGACAUGCCUUGAUUGGAAGAGCAAUGGAUGAUCAAGACAUGCGUAAAAUUCUUCACUUCUUAAUGAACGACUCGGUUGUAUAUGCUCUAAAUGAUUGCAAAAGUGAAGUGAUUGAUCCUGAAUCCUUCAGAUUUAAAGCUGAAAUAGGUGGAGUUUCUUCAACUGUUUCAAAGGAUUGUGCACCAAGUUCUUUUUCUUGUGGAUUUUUCUUCGAGGUUGUAUAUUCCAAGCUGUCUAAGCAUGUUGUAGGUGAGGAAGUUGUAACAGCUUUAGGAAGUGAAGUAAUCCGGUUAGAGAAACAGAUCCGAGAGCUUGUCCCUGGAAUCUAG